AAAAAAAAAACUAGUUACGGUUUCAAUUUGUAUGUUUCUUUUAUUACUUUAUUAGUUAAUUUAAUAUUUUGUAUUAUUACCUAAUGAUUUGAAAAACGCAUAAAGAAGAUUGACAUAUUAAAAAUGUCAACAAAAUUUAUUGGAAAAACUUGUGGUUUUGUAGGUUACGCAUUACAAUAUGCUUGCAUUACCCACUGCACAUUUGAAUAUGUAGGGGAUUUGGUUGUGUGUUCUGGUCCAUCUAUGGAGCCAACAUUGGAGUCAAACAAUAUACUUCUUACAGAACAUAUAUCUCCUAAACUACAGCGGUUACGGCGUGGUGAUAUUGUAAUCUCUAAAAGUCCUAAUAAUCCAAAGCAAAAUAUAUGUAAAAGAAUUGUAGGAAUGCCUGGGGAUAAAGUCCGUGGACAUUUUCCUAAACGUAGUCAAAUUGUGCCAAGAGGACAUGUGUGGUUAGAAGGUGACAAUUCUAGUAACUCAGCAGAUUCUAGAAUCUAUGGACCUGUACCACAGGGUUUAAUACGUAGUAGAGUUGUCUGUCGUGUUUGGCCUUUAGAUAAAAUUACGUCAUUGACCGAUUAUUGAAAUUUUAUUGUUUUCAAUAAUAGUUUGUGAAUAUUUAAAAAUAUAUUGUAAAUAAAACAUGUUAGUUAAUUAUACAAUAAAUUUAAUUUAAUCUGA